AUGGCUGCCGUCGCCCGCUGCGUCCCCCGUUUCGCUUCUCGCAUCCUCUCGCCGAAGCUCCCCAUUGCGCGCAUGUCGCCCGCAAUGGGUUUCCCGCGGGGAAGUAUCCGGAGCUUCUCGCAAAGCGCAUUCUUGCAGGCAAAGAAGUACACUGAGUCGCACGAAUGGGUCGAGCUCGCCGACAACGGCAAGACGGCCAAGGUUGGAAUUACCGCGUACGCUGCUCAGUCUCUUGGCGAUGUCAUCUUCGUCGAGCUCCCCGAGGCGGGCCUGGAAGUCGCUGCUGGUGAGCCUGUCGGAGCUGUGGAAUCGGUCAAGUCUGCCUCGGACGUUCUGUCUCCUGUGUCCGGAACGGUCGUGAAGGGCAACACCCUCCUUGACGAUAAGGCUAAGGCUAUCAAUGAGAGCCCCGAGGGCGAUGCCUGGAUCGCCGAGAUUGAGGUCAGCGACCCCGCAGAGCUGGACGGAUUGCUGGACCCGGAGACCUAUAAUGAACAGAACCACGAGUAA